AUGUCAAAGCGAGGCUACCCGGAGGGCGGGUUCUACGACCGCCGGCGCGACGACCGGCGCGACCGUCCGGCGGCGGCGGCGCAGGCGGCUCCGCUCACUUCGUCGACCGAAGCAGCCGAGGAGCUCAAGAAGGUGCUGCGCCAGGCGCUGCAGCAGCACGCCGACAAGCAGAGCGCCGGCUGCCGGCGCGCUGCGCUGGCGGAGGUGCUGCGCGAGACGACUCGUUUGCCCGAGGUGCUGCCCGGCAGUGGCCCCAAGGCGGCGGCGCAGAAGACGGAGUCCGUCUCGUGGCCGCCGAUGCUGUACAUCUCGGGCAUCAAGGGAGUGCUGGAGGACUCGGCCGGAAAGCUGAAGGUUCGCUUCGGCAAGUGGGGACCUGACGUGCAGUGCCCAGUCUACCGAGGCCCGUUCACCGGGGACGCGCGCAUGCGCGUACGCUGGGUCAAUCUGCGCGAGCAGGAGAUGAAGAUCGCGGACGCGACCAAGAUGCGGGACCAGGAGAUGCAGCGGGUGAUGGAGUCGGCCAACGAGGAGAGGGAGUCGGCGGUGGCCAAGGCGAAGGAGGAGGAGGCCAAGCGGCUCGCACUUGAGGCGGCGCAGGCCGCGCGCGACGCGAGCCUGCGCGAGCACCGGAUCAAGGUGGAGGAGCUGACGAGGCGGCUCGGCAAGGAGGAGGAGCAGACUCUCGUCGCGCAGGAGAAGCAGCGCGCGGCGGAGGAGAAGGAGCGCGAGGCGCGGAAGGAGCGCGAUCUCAUGCAGCGGGGCGCCGACGAGCUCACCGAGCUGAUGAGCAGUGCGCUGGCGCAGAAGGAGCGCGAGCUGCAGGCGCACAAGAAGACGUACGAAAAGAUCUCGAGGCACCCGAAGCACGAGUACGCGUUCAGUAAUGGGCUCCACCCCUUCAAGACUUUUGGCGACGUGAAGGGUGUGGGAGAGCUGCUCUUCCCGAAAGGGUGCAACCAGAUGCAGAAGCUCGAGGCUGAGUGCCUGGACGGCUACCUUCAGCAUGGCUUCUGGGGCGAAACGACGAUGGACGCAUUUCCAAGCUGGCCUCCCUUCUCCGCGGCCAAGGUGUUCAAGAUCAAGACCGAGACCGUCGACGAUAAGGUUGUGCAGGAGUACCUCCUCGUGGAGAAGGACGAGAAAAUGACGGGGCUCAUGCCCAUUAAGGACGCGACGGGCGCUGUGAGGUUUGAGGUGCAGGAGCUGAACGAGCUCCAGUACGACGCCGCCUUCCUCCGUUACGUGCGCAAGCGCUUCCCGAAGCAGGCCGACGCCUUCAUGGGCUACCUCCGCGGCCAGUACCGAGACUAUUGCGAGAAGCGUGGCCUCGGCGUGCAUGAAGACGCCGUCCACCGGAGGCUGUGGAACCGGGAGCAGGACCGCGAGAUGACGCCGGCGGAGAUUUUCGCGAUCUUCUCUGCGCUGAACGAGUGA